AGUCUCCCUCGCAGUCCUCCACGGGACGCGACAGAGAACGCACGCACAUCGGUUUGUUUUGGUUGUUGUUGUUGUUCCGGGGCGCGAUCAGUGAUCAUCGUCGAGGUUUGGCUUUGCUUCGUGCUGAUCGUUGCGGGUCGUUCGUUUGUUAUUUUUCACCUCUGUUCUGUUGUCUGCUUUUGCUCUAGUGUGUUCUGUGGAUUCUUGAGCGAUCGCGUGUGCCUUAUCUUGCCGCCACCAUUCCAGAAGAGAUGAGAUCAGAUGUCCGAAAAUGAAAAUGAGGAUCACUCGUUAGAGGACUUGUGAUUUGUUUGUGUGUGAUUCGGGUGCCCGAUUGUGCGCCAAACAGGAACGGAUUUGAAGUCCGUUUUUUCGGGGGAAAAACGUGGUCGGUUGAUUAAAAAAAAGUUUGAGGUGCGAUCAAGGGUUCUUCAACGACACCAACUUUUGGUUCGAGUGCCAUACAAAAUCAAAAUGGGACGUCAAGGGUCCUCGAGAUUGUCGGUGAAGAUCGUCGGAACGAUCCUGAUGCUGUCGAUUUCGGUAAUUUCGGCUAGUGGUGAUCAUCAAGUGUUUGACAGUUCGCGUCUUGCGACUAAUAAUAAUAAUAAUCCCCAGGAAGAAAUCGUUGUUCCUCCUAGUGAUCGUGAUCGUGGGAGUAGUGAUCAUUUGCAAGAAAAAUUUGGUCAAAAAGAAAGCAUCAUUAGUUAUAGCUUCCGGUUGAUCGAGUCGGACCGGCUUCUGGUGGAAUCGAUUCGAGCAGUUGUUGGCAGCUUGGAGGGGCCAGGAUGUCGGAGAGACUUGAAUGCCACCCUGAAUGCGAUCGAUAGGCGGGAACCUUGGGCCAUUGCCAUGCUGGACUCCUCAGCAAAAUCAGCUUCCGGCAUCGAGUAUGGGAGCGUUUACCAGUUCGGACACUUUGAUCAGUGCCUGGCCAUCAAUGAAAAUCGAUCCGCUCAGGUGUUGUCCCAGUACUGCCUGGCCGAUGUCCAGCUGGAUGGCUAUCGGGUCCGGGCCGACAUCUUCCGACAUCCCCAAACGGAUGUAAACGCAUCCGUCUUGAUUCAUUGGGGCAUCUGCGUGCCGGCGGCUUGCUCUGAACCGGAUGUGGUCAGGAUAGUCCGGUCGACAACCGGUGUGAAAGAAGUUGGAAUUCCUUCAAAUGGAUGCUAUCGAAAUAGACAGCACGGGUCUCCAUCUGCCCUGGACAUCACUUAUGUGACUGUGAUGCUAUUUUUCGUGCUGAUGGUCCUAGUUAGUACCGUUUAUCAUCUGAGUACGAUUUACGGAACCAAAAGUGGAAAAGAAACUACGGCCGGAUAUGUGCUGCGGUCGUUUUCGGUGGUCGAAAACUUGCGCAAGCUGGUCCAGGACAGCAAGGACGAUCAUGGCUUGGGAUGUAUCAACGGGAUUAAGGCCGUUUCGAUGUUGUUCAUCCUGGGCGGACAUUCGCUGCUCUUUAUGGCCGGUGGAGCUGCCUACAAUCCCGGAUUUCACGGGGAGCAAUAUGGCUUUGGAUACAAGUUCUAUUCCGUUGGAACUGAUGACCUCUCGUUCUUUGGUGGGACUGUCCGAGUAAGGUGUUCAACGGAACAUCAUUCACGGAACGCCAUCCACGGAACAACAGACAAGCAAAUCAAACUGCUCCACAAUGCUUUCUUGGCCAAUUCCCCGCUGUUGGUGGACACCUUCCUGCUGCUGAGUGGGUUCCUCUUCGCCCGUCUGUUGCUCAUCGAGCUGGACAAACGCCGUGGUCGGGUCAACUUUCUCCUGCUCUACAUAUUCCGAUACAUUCGAUUAACGCCAGCUUAUGCGGCCAUCAUCGCGCUGUACGCCACCUGGCUUCCGAGGCUGGGCAGUGGGCCGCUCUGGAACCAGCGGAUGAUGCUGGAACAAGCCCGUUGCCGGGCCAGUUGGUGGCUCAACGCUCUCUACAUCAACAACUACAUCGGAACGGAUCAGCUGUGCAUGUUCCAAUCGUGGUAUCUGGCAGCGGAUUCGCAGCUGUUCGUACUGGCACCACUGCUUCUGUAUCCGCUGUGGAAGAUCGGUCGAAGGGCGGGUUUUACGCUGAUCGGUGUGGUGGCCGUCGUUUCUAUGGUCAUCCCCUUUGCGGUGACCUAUUUCGGGAAGUUGGACCCGACCUUCAUGAUCUAUCCGAGUGAGGUGACCGAUCCUCAGGCGAACUUCUACUACACCAAUGUGUACGUCAAAACUCACAUGAGGACCGCAGGCUACGUCUUCGGAAUCUUUGUCGGAUAUUUGGUUCAUCUGAUGCAACAGAAGAACAUCACCAUCGGUAAGCGCAAGCUUAUCGUGUGUUGGACCUUAUCGAUUGCCAUCGGAGUGGGUUCGAUGUUUGGCCUCUCGGCCUUCUACAACUCCACCGGAACGGAGAACUAUCUGGCCAAUGCCAUCUACGCUGCGCUCCACCGAUUGGGAUGGAGUUUAUCCAACGGAUGGCUGGUGCUGGCCUGCGUCACCGGCCAUGGAGGUCCGCUGAAGAAGUUCCUGAGCUCUCAGGUGUUCGUCCCAAUCAGCCGGUUGACAUACUGUGCCUAUCUGACGAACGGCUUGGUCGAGCUGUACUUUAGCGCGUCCCAAAGGGAACCACUUUACGCCAGUGUUGUCAGUAUGACGGGAGAGGCUCUGUCCCACGUCAGUAUCACAUUCCUGGCUGCCCUCGGCCUGUGUCUCCUAUUUGAAUCUCCCAUCCAUGGACUGGAGAAGAUCCUGUUGAGGAGGCAACGACCCAGCACCGGAAGGCCUUUACAUCAUAAUGACACUUCUGAAGAGAAGACCUCCGAAGCCGAUAGCCACAGUACAAACAAUACGCAAAGUACCUCGGAUGAUAGCUCCCGAUGAUAAUGCCGUUUCGGAAUCUCGAAAUUCCACUAGAUACCAUAUAGCUACUUACUUUAACUCUUAAAUUGUUACCAUAUCAACCACCACUGGGAAUAUUUCUCAUUCAAAAAAGCACCUACUCUUAAGGCAAUUAGCUACUAGCAACUGGUUUUAAUUUUCCGUCUCGAAAUUUGGGCAUUGUCAAAGUUCAAAAUUAUUAACUGUAUGUAGGUAUGUCUUGGGACAAUAUUUGUCGUCAGCUUUGUAAAUAGAUUUCCAUUGUUUCUACUCCUUUUUCAUUUUAGAAUUUAGGAAACCUUGAAUAAACCAACCGUUCCAAUUUCA